GAAUUUGUUCCGUUCCGUUCCUUGCUCCGCUCAUCUCUGCUGAGCCAUGUCGUUCCCGAAGGCUCCGCUCAAGCGCUUCAACGAAGCACCAGCUUGUGCCCCACCCCCAGGCUCUUAUGAUGUCAAAUCUUCAGAUGCAUCAAAAGGACCUGUGUCUUUUGAUAAGUCUCAACGGUUUACAAAGCAGAUGGGGGACACAGGAUCUCGGCAGAAUCCCAGUAAUAUGAAACCCCCACCUUCCCCAGCAUCUGCAAGAAAAAUGCAGUCUCUUGGUUCAAAGCAAACCAGCUCAGAAAAGGAUUUGGCCCUCAUGAAAAACUUGAGAAAACAGAAAGAACUGGAAAAAGAGAUCCGUUCACUUGUUGGAGAACACGGCCAGCAGAAUAAAAAAAUACAAAUUCUGGAGGAAGACCUUGCAAAAUUGGAAUCAAAGCUGUCUGCUGCCAUCAGGGAGAAAACCUCUCUCUUAGCAACCAUUGCUUCUCUGGAAAAGCACCUUCUGGAACUGACCAGGACCAAUGAAUUGUUAAAAGCAAAGUUCUCUGAAGAUGGAACACAGAAGAAAAUGAACCAUUUGUGCACAGAGUUAAUGAAGCUCAGGAAUCUGAUGCACACAAAGAAGACUACUGUCUCUAAGCAAGAAGACAUGGAAACGAAACUUCAGACGGUCCAAAGAACCUUAGAGCAUUCAAAGGAAAAUGUAGUACAGCUGGAAGAAGAGCUGAUAGCAGCUGAGAUGCACAUUGAAGAGAACUGUGAUUCAGAUAAACUUUUGGAAUAUGUUGUAGAACUGAGCAAUGCUGCAGAGCUAGUAGAUAAAUACAAGCUGGACAUUGCCCAUUUAGAGGAAAUCAUAGAAGCAAAGAAUACAGAAAUUGAAACACUGCAGACUACUCUUCAACGUAAAGAGACUGUGCUAUCUACACAAAUUAAAGAGUUGCAGGAAAAAUGCAAGAUGCUUGAACAGCAAAAAGAGGAACUCUUAAUUGAACAUAGAGAAAAGGAGCAAAGUACAAAGACUGAAAUCCAGCACUUGAAAGAAGAGUUGAAUUUAGGAGAAGAAGAAUGCCAGAAGCAAAAGAGAGCCUAUAAGGAGCUUUCUACUGCAAUGCAUCAGAAGUUGCUUGAGUUCCAAGAAGAAGUGACUAAAGAGAAGCAAGUUCUAGAGAGAGAACUAAGAGAAACCAUGGAUGAGCUGGAUAAACUGCACACUAAAGAAGGCAAAGUAGAGAAGAUGUUGAAGCACCUGGAAGAAGAGUAUAAGUUUCAGACUGAGGAGCUAGUACAGCUGCAAGCAAAACUGCAAGGGAAAAACAUGGAGUUACAGAAAAUGGCUCAGGCACACAGAGAUGCAAUUGCACAAAUGAAAGAAGAGCACAGCAACACACUGUGCAAACUGGGAGAGAACAUUGCUGAAUUUGAAACUUAUAAAGCUUAUGUGUCUGAAGAAACGACACGCCUCAGACAGGAGAAAUCUGCUCUGCAGGACCAGUUAGCUGAAAUGAACAAAGCAGCUGAACAGACAACUCGGGUUAUGCAAGAGAUACAGCGUGCUAACGAAAAAGCAAAGGAGGAAUAUGCAAGGAUGCUGCUGGAUGCCCAGACCAAAUUAGCAUUAAAGGAUUCAGAAAUUAAAAGAACAAAAGAAUCAAGCAUUGCACAGAUUGCCAGCCUAGAAGCAAGACUAGAAGAUCAAAAGGAAGACUUCAAGAAGCAGCUGGAAUUGGAAAGGAAAACCAUAGCAGAAAAAGCAGACGCUGAUAACAGAGAGAACAUAAAAACCUGGCGUAUCCUAUACGAGGAAUUAUAUAAUAAAGUGAAACCAUUUCAGCAACAACUUGAUGCGUACGAGGCGGAGAAGAAUGCCCUUAUGAACGAGCAUGGUGCUGCCCAAGAAGAACUUAACAAACUUAGUGACGCCUAUGCCAAGCUGUUAGGCCAUCAGAAUCAGAAGCAGAAAAUCAAGCAUGUAAUGAGGCUGAAAGAAGAAAAUGCACAGAUGCGACAGGAGGUUUCGAGGCUACGUACUCAGCUAGCAAAGGAAAAACAAAUGCAAGGAAACCUCCAGGAGCAACUGAAUACAGUUCAGGGUAUCAAGCGAUUUGAUCCUUCUAAAGCUUUUCAGCAUUCCACUAAGGAAAAUGUUGAUCCAAAAACACCUUUUAAAGAAAGCGAUAGAAACAAAAGUUAAGGUUCUGCUGAACUGGAACCAAUGCACUUGGGAUGCUGACAUACUUCAAAACUCAUAACUUGAGAAGAAAGUUUGCCUUCUUGUAGUACCACAUUUGUGUGGGAGCUUGGAAGUACAUAUCUGAAGAUGUCCAUGUUCAGCUGACGGUUGUGCCUUUCGUAAAGAAGCUUUCUUUUUAAAAAAAAACAUCUAAGCAGUGAAAUCAACCAAUCACAACUGUUCUGUGUGUGUGUGUGUGUUUAAAAUCUUUUCUGUUUCUUUUUGUAGCAGGGACUAGUGGAAAUCUUUGUCUCGGUGUGAUUUUGCUGAUGCUAAAUGCGGGACGUAGUCUACAGGCUUGUUAUAUCAUUAGUAAAUAAAGACUAGUGUACAUGGGACUUUUAAUUAUAAAGCACAGGGCGUGCUAUAGAUUAAUCUUUUCACUUUCAUCUUACUUUUUGGCUCUAGCCUGUAGUUCUUUGUUAGAUUACUUAGCUUAGAUACUACUAACGUAAGUCAAAACUUUUUAAAUGUGCAAUUAAAAUGUAAAUGGAUUUUUAAAAUACUGAAAAUAUUAGCACAGUGAUUCAGUUCUUAUCUAUGAAGGGGAUUGAUCACAUAUCUUUUCUCCCCACCCCCAUUUUAUGGUUCGUUGGGUUGCCUGAUUUGGUUUGAUUCAUUUUGUGUUUUUUUUCAAUUUCCCGAACAAUUUGUGGUUUGUUUGGUUUGGGAAAGGCAUAAAACAGCCCCUGACUGGGAUAGAGACACCAAACUUGUGACAACUCUUCAACGGAUUCUCCUCUACCUGGUCUCCAAGUUUGGUGUGAAUUGGAUUUUUUUUUUUCCGGGGGCAGCUAAGCUACAGCCCUACCAAAGCAGGUGCCCCCCGUAAACCACUCUCCUAGGAGUAUGCCAGGCUGAGGAAAGAAAGGGAAACCACCCUGCAGCUUCUGAUUGUUUCAUCCCCAGGAAGCUUGGAGGGGAGUGAAGCUGACUAGAAGCCAUAGGGGGCUGUGGAAAGCAGAACUGCAACUUCUAGUCAGUUUCACUGAAAACUGACCAGAUGGCAGGGAGCCAGGGAAAAUGGAGCUGCAGUGUCUAGUCAGUUUCAUUGGAAACUGACUAGAAGUUGCAGGGGGCUGGGGAAUCAUGCCAGGCUAUCUAGAAAACAAACCAAACACAAACCAAACAACAUGCCAAGAAAAAAUGCUGGUUCUGUCAAGAAGACUCUUGCCAUUAACAGGGAGUGCUUUCACUUUUUACUGUUUCUGCUUUUCAUCGCGGCUAUCUCUGGGUAACGAGUGAAACAUUCCUUUCUGCCUACUUGCAGGAAUGGCCAAGGCCCUCUUGCUGAUUAAGCUCGCACCUGCAAGGGGUCUGGGAAGAACGCUGGGAGGGAGGGACUGUUCGCUUCGCACCUUUCCUUUGAAUGAGUAACGGCCUAGGCCGGAUCUAUAAGAAGGGGCAGAGUGACCACCAAAAUUAGUUUUCGCAAAGGCCGUCUUACCUUGACCUAUCAUGUAUCAAUAAACAGCUAUUCUUGCAA